GUAGGUGCGGCGCGGAGGUUGGGCUGCGGCUGGCGCCUGCGGGAGCUGUGCGGAGGAGCUGCGAGCGGGGAGGGGGAAGCUCCGGGAGCCCCGGUCCGCAGCCGCCCCGCGCCCCGCGCGGAAUCUGCCCGCUCUGCGUUCCGCCGGCCACGGUGGAGCGGCGUCAUGUAGCAGCCGCAGCCGCAAACCCACCGCGGAUUUGCAACUCUUUUUUUUUUUUUUUUUUUAACCUCUCCCCUUCCCCACACCUCCCGAAAAAAACAAAUAUUGAGGGAUUCCGAGAAGGGCGAAGGCGCCGUAAAUCAGAGUUGGACCUGUGAUUCUCCCCGCACCUAGGGGGCAACCAUGACCGAGGAGAGCUCCGACAUUCCCCGGGAGUUGAUAGAAAGCAUAAAGGAUGUGAUUGGCAGGAAGAUCAAAAUUGCAGUGAAGAAGAAAGUAAAGUUGGAACUGAAAGGAGACAAAGUUGAAAAUAAAGUGCUGGUGCUUACAUCAUGCCGAGCCUUCCUUGUCACAGCUCGAAUCCCUACCAAGCUCGAGCUAACCUUCAGCUACUUGGAGAUUCAUGGCGUCAUCUGUAGCAAGCCAGCUCAGAUGGUUGUGGAAACUGAGAAAUGCAACAUUUCCAUGAAGAUGGCAUCGCCUGAAGAUGUGAGCGAUGUGCUGGCCCACAUUGGCACGUGCCUGCGGAAGAUCUUUCCGGGCCUCUCUCCAGUGAGAAUCAUGAAAAAAGUCUCCAUGGAGCCAUCUGAGCGCCUGGCCAGUCUCCAGGCACUGUGGGACAGCCAGACCGUGGCAGAGCAGGGCCCCUGUGGUGGAUUUUCUCAGAUGUAUGCCUGUGUUUGUGACUGGCUUGGAUUCUCGUACAAGGAAGAAGUACAAUGGGACGUGGAUACGAUUUAUCUAACACAAGACACCAGGGAAUUGAAUUUGCAGGACUUCAGUCAUCUUGAUCACAGAGACCUGAUACCUAUCAUCGCUGCUCUGGAAUACAAUCAGUGGUUCACAAAGCUGUCCUCUAAGGAUCUAAAACUGUCUACUGAUGUCUGUGAGCAGAUCUUGAGAGUGGUGAGUAGGUCCAAUCGACUGGAAGAAUUGGUAUUGGAAAAUGCUGGACUUAGAACAGAUUUUGCACAAAAACUGGCCAGUGCUCUAGCACAUAAUCCCAACUCAGGACUUCAUACGAUUAACCUUGCUGGCAACCCACUGGAGGAUAGAGGUGUGGCCUCUUUAAGUAUUCAAUUUGCCAAACUCCCAAGGGGUCUGAAGCAUUUAAAUUUAUCUAAAACCUCACUGUCACCUAAAGGGGUGAAUAGUCUUUCUCAGUCACUCAGUGCCAACCCCUUGACUGCCUCCAGCCUUCUCCAUCUCGAUCUCUCAGGGAACAUCCUUCGAGGAGAUGACCUCUCGCACAUGUACAACUUUUUGGCCCAACCAAAUGCCAUUGCUCAUCUGGAUUUAUCCAAUACAGAAUGUUCCCUGGAUAUGGUCUGUGGAGCUCUUCUCCGGGGAUGCCUUCAAUAUUUAGCAGUGCUCAAUCUCUCCCGAACUGUUUUCUCUCACCGGAAAGGAAAAGAAGUCCCACCAUCUUUCAAGCAGUUUUUUAGUAGUUCCCUAGCUUUGAUGCAAAUCAACCUGUCUGGCACAAAACUGUCUCCUGAGCCCUUAAAAGCGUUAUUACUGGGCCUGUCUUGCAAUCAUAGCUUGAAGGGGGUUUCUCUUGAUCUCAGCAACUGUGAGCUGAGGUCAGGAGGGGCUCAAGUCUUGGAAGGCUGCAUUGCUGAAGUGCACAAUAUUACCUGCUUAGACAUCUCAGACAAUGGUUUAGAAUCUGACCUAUCUACCUUAAUAGUGUGGCUCAGUAGAAACAGAUCAAUACAGCACCUGGCGUUAGGCAAAAAUUUUAAUAAUAUGAAAUCCAAAAAUCUGACACCUGUAUUGGACAACUUAGUACAGAUGAUUCAAGAAGAAGACUCACCUCUGCAGUCCUUGUCCCUAGCUGACUCCAAACUCAAGACUGAGGUCACCAUCAUCAUCAAUGCCCUGGGAAGCAACACUUCUCUGACCAAAGUGGACAUCAGUGGGAAUGGGAUGGGGGACAUGGGAGCAAAGAUGCUGGCCAAAGCCCUGCAGAUCAACACCAAGCUCAGGACUGUAAUAUGGGACAAGAACAACAUCACUGCACAAGGCUUUCAAGAUAUAGCAGUUGCUAUGGAAAAGAACUACACAUUGAGAUUUAUGCCAAUUCCCAUGUAUGAUGCUUCUCAAGCUCUAAAAACGAAUCCUGAGAAAACAGAAGAAGCUCUACAAAAGAUAGAAAACUACCUGCUACGGAAUCACGAGACCAGAAAGUACCUUCAAGAGCAGGCUUACCGCCUCCAGCAGGGGAUAGUCACCAGCACCACCCAGCAGAUGAUUGACAGGAUAUGUGUGAAAGUACAAGACCACCUCAACUCCUUACGAAAUUGUGGGGGAGACGCUAUCCAGGAAGACUUAAAAUCAGCAGAACGGCUCAUGCGUGAUGCUAAGAACUCUAAAACGUUGUUACCAAAUUUAUACCAUGUUGGUGGUAUGUCUUGGGCAGGAGCCAGUGGCUCAUUAUCCAAUCCAAUUCAGGAUACCCUGGAAUCAAUGGCUGGAGAAGUCACGAGAGUUGUAGAUGAACAACUAAAGGCUUUGCUCGAAUCCAUGGUUGAUGCUGCCGAGAACCUUUGUCCCAAUGUGAUGAAAAAAGCCCACAUUCGACAAGACUUGAUUCAUGCCAGCACCGAAAAGAUUUCCAUUCCACGUACCUUUGUUAAAAAUGUCCUGUUGGAGCAGUCUGGAAUUGAUAUCCUUAACAAAAUUAGUGAAGUGAAGCUGACAGUGGCCUCCUUCCUGUCUGAUCGGAUUGUGGAUGAAAUCCUGGAUGCGCUCUCACAUUGCCACCAUAAGCUGGCAGACCAUUUCAGCAGACGUGGUAAGGCUCUUCUUCAUCAAGAGUCCCUAGAAAUCGAACUAGCUGAGGAGAAGCCAGUGAAACGCUCUGUCGUCACAGUGGAAGAGCUAACAGAGGUAGAGCGCUUGGAAGAUCUGGAUACUUGUAUGAUGACCCCUAAAUCCAAAAGGAAGAGCAUCCACAGCCGGAUGCUGCGGCCAGUGUCCAGAGCCUUUGAAAUGGAGUUUGACCUGGAUAAAGCACUGGAAGAAGUGCCAAUUCACAUUGAAGACCCGCCUUUCCCAUCUAUCAGGCAGGACAAGCGAAGCUCUGGAUUUAUCUCUGAAUUGCCCUCGGAAGAGGGAAAGAAGCUGGAGCACUUUACAAAGUUAAGGCCAAAGCGGAAUAAAAAGCAGCAGCCCACACAAGCCACGGUCUGUGCUGUCAACAUUGUCUCUCAAGAUGGAGAACAGAAUGGCCUUAUGGGGAGAGUAGAUGAAGGUGUAGAUGAAUUUUUCACCAAGAAAGUGACCAAACUGGAUUCCAAGAGGUCGUCUUCCAGAGGCUCUGAGUCCCAGGAGCUUAGUGAAGGAGGCGAAGAAAAGAAAAAGCGAGACUCACGGAAAAGUGGCUUUCUCAAUUUAAUCAAAGUCCGGUCCAAGUCAGAGCGGCCACCCACGGUGUUGAUGCCAGAGGAACCCUCUUCGCCAAAAGGGGUUGUAAGAAGUCCAGCAGUGGACACUCCCAGGAGAGACACGAAGGCAGCGGAGCACAAUGGGAGUUUUGAUCGCACUGAGGAGAUAAAAACCCCCGACUCCUUUGAAGAGAAUCAAGGGGAAGAAACCGGGAGACUAGAGCGAACUGACAGUAGGGGCAGCCCACAAGGAGGGCGGAGAUAUGGGGUCCAGGUGAUGGGCAGUGGUAUGCUGGCAGAGAUGAAGGCCAAGCAGGAGAAGAGAGCCGCCUGUGUGCAGAAGAAGUUUGGAAAUGAUGUCAUCUCCCAGGAUUCUUCUAGCUCAGCCUUGGGCUGCAUGGAAAGGUUGGAAGGAGGUGGAGCAGUGCCUAAACUGCAUCCCGUUCUCCCAGAGAACCGCUUUGGUUUGGGAACACCAGAAAAGAACACCAAAACAGAACCCAAAGUGGACGUGGUCUCCAGGUCUCGGAACUCUUCCAGCACACCUACAAGCCCAAAGCCCCUCCUGCAGUCUCCCAAGCCCAGCCCGGCAGCAAGGCCCACCAUUCCACAGAAACCAAGAACCAUCUCCCGACCUGAGGACAUCCCAGACUCUCCAUCUGGCCCUGGUUCUCCUAAAGUUGCUCUUCUUCCACCGGUCCUGAAAAAAGUUCCCUCGGACAAAGAGAGAGAUGGCCAGAAUAGCCCCCAGCCCAGUCCCAGGACAUUUUCCCAGGAAGUAGUGCAAAGAGGAGAUUAUUACAAAAGGCAUUCAGAUCAUGACAGUGGCAAGCCUUCCAGUAGAGGGAAAAGAUCUUCAAAACUGUACUCCACCAUUGCAGAAGAGGAAGUGAAUGCAUUUGGGCACAGGAAGUCACAGCCAACAAAUGUUUCAAGGAGAAGCUGGGGCCAGCAGGCCCACGAGAAUCAAGAACAAAAGCAACGCUCCUCCACUAGAGACGGGCCCCCAGGCAGCAGGUCUAGUGACUCCGGAGAAGAGACUGAAAAAGAGUUUAUUUUUGUGUAAAAGUCACCCAGGCAGAUGUCUUUCUGGGCAGGGUGAUUUUGCCAGCCAUCAGAGAGGACCCAAGGGCAACACCUCUUUCCUUUUCUUGGUGCUUUAUUUUCUUCCUCCAGGUUUUUUCUUUCUUUUUUUAAGUGUAGAAGCAUCAAUUUCUUGAUUGUCAAAGCACAUUUUUUAAUAUUUCCCCUAAUCCUUGACUUUUGAAAUCUGACUGUUAUUUCUAUGCCCUCAAUGAAAGCCAGCAAUUAUAGCAUAGGCCCUACUUGAAUUUCUCUGAGGCAGCUACAAUCUGCCCUGCAAGAUGAAUUUUCAGAGGUUAACAAAGUAACUGGAUCCACAAUCACACAAGUAACUCCAUCCAGUAGACCAAAGUGUACUACUGAAUGCACUUGUGUCAAAUCUGCACAUAACUCAAUAUAGCAAUUUAUUCUUGAUGUAUGCAAUUGCACAUUGUAAUUAUAUUAACAGAGCACACUAAUAAAUAAUUUGUAUAAAUUAUAUAUAUUAGAUCUUGGGUAUGAUUUUUUACAUUCUCCCAUGGGGAACUUAUUUCCUCCUGAUGUGGACUUGUACAUUUAAAGCUUGAUUGGUGACCUUCAGAUACCAUCAACAAGCACAGCUUAAGAACAGAGUAAGACAGGCCCAUGGCUUAUUUUACCAUGUGCCAGGAUUAGUGUAUAUAUACUUGAUUGAAGUGAGGUUUUAUGAAUAUCCAUGUUUUUGAAGGCCUUUAAUGUCUGUCUGCAUAAUAGCUUUUAAUGUGUGAUUUUAAGAGAGAAAUACUUUGACACCUGUAAAAUAUUGAAAUACAACUCUUUAUAAGACAUUUCACAAAUAUUCACUUACAUUACAGGCGGAAGGUACUUUAUUCAUAUGUAUUAUAUUUAUACCAAUAAAAUGAUUUUACAAGUGGAAUUUUUUUACCUUCUCCAGUUACUUUUUUUAAAGUUAGGAUUGGCUUGUUCUGGCGACUUGAAGUUUGUUUCUAAAAUCUAUAAUAAUUACCGUUCUCAGAUCUGGUAAGCAUCUGCAAAAUAAACAUAAUUUGCUAAUUCUUCUGCCUGUUUUUAAUACUUGGGAAGAAAAAGAUAAAAUGUACUAGAUAGGCAUAGAAUUCUGUAUGUGAUCUGAAUCCCACUGUAUGAAUUAGGAACAAAGAAAAGAUUCAGAGUAAAGGAGCUGAUCUAAAGAGUUGCAAACCCUAUGGUCAUGUGUUAGAAAGAAGAAUCACAGAUGAGAGAGCUUAUGGGACCUGACACUGUCCCUUAUCAUCCUCCCCCUCACCAUCCUCUGGCGUCUGACAUGUUCGUAAGUGCCAGUAAAUGGAAGACUAGACAGCGACUUGCUGUUGCCACAUGAUUUCACGAUGGUAGAUAGAGACCAAAUCAUUUCCUCCAAUGGUGUGUGUGCUGUCUCUGCUGUGGUCAACACUGGUAGGCAUGGAUACCUCUAAUGGCUGUCAAAGUGGGAGACAUAUAGGCAGGGGAGGGUGUGGUGCCCUAAAGAGCUAAGAAGAUGUGAUAGGCAGACUCAUGUCUCAAUUAAAUGUGGUAAAGAUCAGGCUCAGGUAAGUCCAUGCUCCAUGAAGGACAUUAGUCUUCAUUGUGACUCAAGACACCCCAGAGGAAGUGACAUUUGUGCAAGGUAUUGAAGUAAUACCACCAGAAGUACAGUGACCCUGUCUUAUUCUUACUUGUAUUCCCUGUAAAUGCAUGAUUCAACCUCUGUUAGCCAUAGGAGUGGUAGGAAGCUGCAGAGACAGCUUGAUCUCAGAGUAAUCAAGCCCACAUUUACUUAGAAUUCUGAAUGGUUUUUUUUUUUUAAAAAAAAAAGCCCACUUACUGUCAAUUCUACUCUCUUCUCUCUGAGUUUCAGCAUGGAAUCUGUUGUUUUUAAAACAUUUUUAUCAUUAUUAUAAAGGUACUAUUUUUAUAUAGGAGCUGUUCAUGAAGGCAGGAAAAGGUAAGUGAAUAACCUCAUUGAUUUCCUGCACAACUUGUAAUGCAGUGGAACCAUGGAAUAUUUUAAGCAAUAAUGGAAUCAGAAACAGGUUUUACAACCCUAAGAGCCCAAGAUAGGUACCUACAGAAGUGGAUGAACAAGAAUCCUGAAUUAUAUUUCCUGUCAUGGUGAUCAGGAGGUGUCCACUUGUGAGUACCUUUUAACAGAGCCUGAUUUAGUACUAAGCCUCUGAUUGUGGAUUUCUGCACCUCCUUCACCUCCCCCCCCUCCCCAUUUUGUUUU